AUGAGUAAUGAUUCGGUUAUUAAUUAUUAUAACACUAUUCUUCUUGGGAGAUGGAAAAAAACAAAUAACGAUAUCAAUAAAUUAUAUAACUAUGCAUUAACACAUCCUGAUAAAAGAGUUUCUGCUGAUGCAAUGUAUGAUGCUCAAAUGAUUUCUGGAGAAUGUGAUAUUCAAAAAUUAUUAUUUGCUGCAGAAAGAUAUUGGGAGAGUGAAAUGGAUAUUAAAUUAUAUAAUGGAGUAUCAUUUGAUGAAUGUGUUUUAUUAAUGAAUGAUUGUUUUGAAAGAAUAUUAGAAAAAGCAGAAAAGGAAGACCCAACAAAUAUUUCAAUGUAUUCUAUUAGAUUUGGUACAAUGUUAUAUACUUUAGAACAUCCAAAUAUGGCAUGUACAUAUUAUUUAAAAGCAUUAGUUCCAUCAACAUCAUAUGAAUUACAAUACUUAGUAUUUGAAACAAUUUGUAUGUUAUCAGUUAAAUAUGAAUUAUCUACAGCACAAACAGCAGCAUUUGAACAAUUAAAAAAAUGUUUAGAACAUGUUAAUGUUAGUGAUGAUGAAACAACAUCAUUUUAUCAACAAACUAUUGACAUACUACUCUUUUCAAUAUUAAUUUUACUUUCAACAAAUGGACAUCCAAAUGCUAUUGCUGAACAAUUUAAUUUAUAUUGUACAUGGAUGGCAAAACCAAGAAAUCAAUUUAAAGUAACAGUCACACAAAAUAUAUUUCAAAGUUAUAAUAAUUCUACUACUCCUGAUCAAUUAUUUAAAACAUGUGUAAUUUUAGACAAAGCAAUAGAAAACGAUAUGAAAGGAAUGAUUAGUUAUAAUAGAGUAAGAAUUCUAUUUAAAUUUAUUGUAUCAAUAUUAAAAGUAAAAUCUUAUGACAACUUAUUUUCUACAUUUGAAUUAACAGAAAAACAAUUAGUCGAUUUAAUUCCUGAAGAACAUAGAGAACUAUUUUUAUAUGUUUGUUCUAAAAUCCAUAUUCUUCGUAAAAAUCAUUUAGAACAAAUUUCGUUAUUACAACAACAAAAAGACUCUAUUCAAUCUAAAGUAAAAGAAGAAGAUAAGAAUGAAAAAAUUAAAAAAGAAACAACAAAAUGA